AUUUUGACUAAAGUAAAUCUUUAUGGAAAUAUUGACAAGAACAAAAGGUCUAAUGUAUUUGAGUAUUGUGGUAAUUCCAAUGGAAUUUUCCAUAGCUCUAUCAGGUUACAAGUCACAACUGCUCCUUUCAGUGUUUCAACGAGCAACUGCAGCCGCCGAUGUCCCGCCUCCGCUCCUCCACCCCCGCCGCUGCCGCGGCCGGCAGCGGCAGAACCUCAUCCUCCAGCUCCACCUCCUCACGCUCGUCACCAUGCUCUUUCGAGGCAGCCUUGGGCGCCUUCAAAGAGCGCCUAAGCUCCGGGACGCUCGGGCCGGAAGACGCGCGCCACCUGUUCGACGAAUUGCUGCGCCUCGCCAGCCCCGGCUCAGCCCGCGCGCUGAAUGGCCUUCUUGCCAUGCUGGCCCGCGCGCCGCCGUCCUCUACCUACAGCGACGGCCCCGCCCUCGUCGUCGCCCUCUUCAACCGCAUGUCCCGAGGCGCCGACCCACGGGUGGUGCUGCCCACGUUCCACACCUACGGCAUCCUCAUGGACUGUUGCUGCCGCACGCACCGCCCAAACCUAGCGCUUGCCUUCUUCGGCCGACUCCUUAGAUCAGGCCUGGGCGUCAAUGCCGUCACCUUCAACGGCCUCCUCCAGGCCCUCUGCAACACAAAGCGGACAGACGAGGCUGUGGACGUGUUGCUCCACAGGAUGACCGAGCUGGGUUGUUUGCCUGAUGUCGUCUCAUACUCGAUUGUUCUGAAGAGCUUUUGCGAUAAUAGGAAGAGUCAGCGAGCGCUCGAGCUUCUCCGGACGAUGGCCGAAGGAGGUGUCUGCUCGCCCAAUGUGGUAGCCUACAGCAUCGUUAUGGAUGGUUUCUUUAAGGAGGGUGAAGUAGCUAAAGCAUGUGAUCUAUUUCAUGAGAUGAUGCAGCAGGGGAUUUCACCCGAUGUGGUGACAUACAGCUCCAUUAUUGAUGCACUAUGCAAGGCCAGAGCGAUGGAUAAGGCAGAGAUAUUCCUCCUACAGAUGGUUGAUCAAGGUGUACGACCAGAUAUUGUGAUAUAUACUAACGUAAUCCAUGGAUAUUCCACUGUCGGCCAAUGGAAGGAGGCGGCUAGGGUAUUAAAAGAAAUGACAAGUCAUGGUAUCCUACCAAAUGUUGUUACAUGGAACUCGUUCAUGGCUUCCCUUUGCAAGCAUGGAAAAAACAAGGAUGCUAGAGAUGUUUUUGACUCAAUGGCUAUGAAAGGCCAAAAACCUAAUAUUCUCUCCUACUCUAUUAUGCUUCAUGGGUACGCUACUGAAGGAUGCUUUGUUGAUAUGAUUGAUCUCUUCAAUUUGAUGGUAGGAGAUGGUAUUGUACCUGACCACCAUAUUUUCAAUAUACUGAUCAAUGCAUACGCUAAACGUGGAAUGAUGGAUGAUGCUUUGCUUAUCCUUAUAAAAAUGAGGCAGCAAGGAGUUAAACCUGAUGUGGUCACCUAUUCAACAGUAAUAGCUGCAUUUUGUAGGAUGGGUAGGUUGGAUGACGCUAUCGAAAAAUUUGAUCAGAUGAUUGACCAAGGUGUACCACCGAAUUUAGCUAUUUACCAGUGUCUGAUCCAGAGUUUUUGUGCUCUUGGUGCUUUGGUAAAAGCCAAGGAAUUGGUUUGUGAAAUGAUGAAUAAAGGUAUGCAUCCUGACAUUGUGUUCUUCAGUUCAAUAAUAAACACCCUUUGCAAAAAAGGAAGGGUAAUGGACGCACAAAAUAUAUUCAAAUUCAUUAUACGUAUUGGUCUGCGUCCUGAUGUUAUUAUGUUUAGUUCACUUAUGGAUGGCUAUUGCCUGGUGGGAAAGAUGGAGGAAGCAUUGAGAGUAUUUGAUGCUAUGUUAUCAGCUGGCAUUGAACCUAAUGUUGUAGUGUAUGGUACACUUGUUAAUGGCUACUGUAAAAUUGGAAGGAUUGAUGAUGGAUUGAGACUUUUCAGAGAAAUGUUGUGUAAAGAGGUUAAGCCCACGACUAUUAUGUACAACAUCAUACUGGAUGGGUUAUUUCAGGCUGGGAGAUCAGUUGCUGCAAAGGAAAAUUUUCAUAAAAUGAUUGAAAGUGGAAUCCCAGUAGGCACUGAUACAUACAACACAGUUCUUUGUGGACUUUGUAAAAAUAAUUGCUCUGAUGAAGCAUUCACGCUUUUCAAGAAAUUACAUGCAAUGAACGUGAAGAUUGAUAUCAUAACUCUUAAUAUUAUGAUUACUGAAAUGUUUAAAACUAGGAGAAUUGAAGAAGCUAAGGAUCUGUUUGCUUCUACCUCAGCAAAUGGGCUGGUGCCUUCUGUUGAGACUUACCAUCUAAUGAUGACAAAUCUUAUAAAAGAAGGGUUGCUGGAAGAGGCAGACAAUAUCUAUUUAUCUACGGAGAAUGCUGGCUGCGAUCCCAACUCUCAAUUGCUAAAUCAUGUUGUCAGGACGUUACUGGAGACUGGUGAAAUAGUUAAGGCUGGAACUUUUCUGUCUAAAAUUGAUGAGAAGAAUUUCUCACUUGAAGCCUCAACCACUGAGUUGCUGAUCACUCUCUUCUCAAGGAAACGGACAUGUCAGAAACAUAUAAAAUUUCUCCCUGGAAAGUAUCAGUUUCUUGUGGGAGGCAGCCACAGCUGGUAGAUUAUAGAGAUUGUUAGGGGCUGUCUUUAAGGACCCUAUCGCCCUUGGUCCUGUCAGUCUUGUUGUUUUCCUUGGAGCCAAUCCUAUCUGCCUGUGAAUCUCGGGUUCCAAAUGCCUCUCGGGUUUCUGGGCUCCGGAGCUCUGCAGAGCCCUAGCCUCCUGGAGCCCCAGUCUUCCGGAACCUGGGCAAGCUCUCCGAAGCUUGGGAAGUGGGCCAUCAAGCCUUGGAGACAAAUCAGCCGCCUGCAGGUAAACGACCGAUAUUUAAUGCCGGUGCAAGUGGUAGUUAUCCUGACAUUCGGGACAGUGCGGCGUCAUACCGCAAUUGACGACCGGUCGAGUAUCACACCCUCUGAGGUCACCUACACCAUUGUAUUUGUCAUAGAUAAUAUCUUUUAGUUAGGGGUAAAUAUAUUCUGCCUGAACUCAGGCUGUAUAAUUCGAUUAACCCUAAGUUCUUAUAGCAUGACGGUAACUUGCAUCGCUAUUUUUGUAAGAACAUAUUUGUAUACUUACACCUCAAAUAACACUGUAAAAAUAUAGACGCAUGGCCAUAGGGCAUG